AUGGACGUGUCCGCCGUGCCGCCGUUCUGGGGCAGCCGCAGCCGCGUCCUGGAGCAGCAGCUGGUGCGCCGGCGGGAGCAGGAGGCCCGCCUGCGCCGGCAGUGGGAGCUGCACAGCCGCUCCUUCCAGCAGUCCGGGCUGCGCAGCCUCAAGCAGGCCGAGUGGAGCUCGCGCCGCAGCUUCCAGCGGAGCAUGGAGGCGCACGGCCGGGAGCGCCUGAGGGCGGCGGCGGCGGCGGGCCUGGAGGGGCGGCGGCGGCGGCUGCGGGAGCUGCUGUGCCGGGAGCGCGAGGGUCUGGCGGCCGAGCUGCGGGGGCUGCGGCCCGGCGGAGAGGCCGAGCUGGAGGAGAAGCGGCAGCGGAGCCAGGAGCUGCGCUCGGCCAGGGAGGAGCGGCGGAAGCAGGUGGCGGAAGAGCGUCUCUACGAGUGCUGGAGGAAGAACAGCGCUAAGCUGCGAGAGGUGAGCUCGGAGCUGCACAAGAAGCACGUGGUGGAGGCCUGGGGGGACCAGCUGGCACAGAAGCAACAGCGAGAAGCGGCAGAUCAGGAAGAGAAACUCCGCUCAGAGAACCAGUACGAGAAGGCCCACAGAGAGGCCCUGGAGCGGCUGAAGCAGGCGGAGGAGCGCAGGAAGCAGGCGGAGAGGAAGCAGGCUGAGAUGCUGCGGCAGCAGAUGGCGGAGCUCCAGCUGCGGGACGUGCAGGCCACCCAGCUGAAGGAGGAGGAGGAGAGCCUGCUGAAGCAACAUUGGAAGCUACAAGCAGUGGAAGCUGAGCGGAAGCUGAACGAUGAGCAGCGGAAGAAAGUGGAGCUUGGGCGCUUUCUGAAGCAUCAGGUCCAGGCCCAGCUACGGAGACGGGCUCGGCAGGUCCAGGAAGAGCUGGAGAAGGACAGGCAGAUCCUCCUGUCCCUGUCUGAGAAGGAGGAGGAGGACCAGCGCCUGCAGUCCACCCGGCGGGAAGAAGCCGUGGCUGCAGUGGCCUGGAUGAAGGAAGUCAUUGAACAGCAGCUGCAGCUGGAAAGAGAACGAGAGGCGGAGCUGGAGACUAUCUUUAGGGAGGAAGCCAGGCAAGUCUGGGAGAAGCGAGAGGAGGAGUGGGAGAGAGAGCGGAAGGCCCGGGAGAGGCUCAUGGCAGAGGUCCUGGCCGAGAGGGAGCAGCAGAUCCAGCAGAAGAUGGAGCGGAACAGGCAGGCCCAGCAGGAGUCCGUGAGGGUCCGGGAGCAGCUGAUCCAGCAGCUGGAAGCGGCCUGGCAGCUGACGCAACGGGAACAGGAGGCAGAGGCGGAGCGGAAAACGGCCCGCAAGGAGGAGCAGCAGGCCCAGCUGACGGAGCGGCAGCGGCAGCAACAGGAGGAGCUCCAGGGCCAGCAAGAGGCGGCCGCAGAGGCCCGGCUGCAAGAAGAGCAGCACGCGCGGCUGGAGGAGCUGGAGGCCAGGCGCAUGGCGGAGGCCGGCUAUCGCAACAAGUGCCACAGUUACCCAAAAGCUGCCUGGAGCUAA